AAAGAUUAAUCUCUGCAUCUGCAUCGCGGGGACAAAAGUUACAUAACACUUUUUAUAUCUAGUUGGUACAAGAACUUCACUUGUACACUGACAACUCUGACAGAGAAAAAACAUCUCCUGUUCCAUUGUUUCCAAGGUUGUUUUCUCUUGUGUUUGGUUCCUAUAACUCUCCUUUCUCAUUUCUCUUUUCACUUUUUAGUAUUUUUGGGUAUGGAAAUGGAAGAUUUUGAUUGGGGUUAUGAUAUACUUGGAGAUGCCACUAAUGGUUUUCAAGUAAACAAUGAUGUAAUGAAAAGUGGCUAUGGUUCAUCUUUCUCUCUUGUUUUGGAUAGAGAAAGAGAAAUGCUUGUGAAAGCACCUGCAAAAAUGGAACAAAAAGGUGUGUCUACUGAGAGAACUGCAGAAGCUUUGAAGAAUCACAGUGAUGCAGAGAGAAGAAGAAGAGCUAGAAUUAACUCACAUCUCGAUACACUUCGCAGUAUCAUUCCAGGUGCUUUGAAGAUGGACAAAGCAUCGUUACUUGGUGAAGUUAUUCGACAUUUAAAAGAGGUAAAAAGAACCGCAACACAAGCGUGCGAAGGUUUAAUGAUACCAAAGGACAACGAUGAAAUAAGCGUUGAAGAACAAGAAUGUGGAUUCAAUGGUUUUGCUUAUUCAAUUAAAGCAUCACUGUGUUGUGAGUAUCAACCUGGUUUGUUGUCUAGUAUAAGACAGGCACUAGAGGCUCUUCGUCUCGUAAUCAUGAAGGCGGAUAUUGCGACUUUUGGUGGUAGAAUGAAGAAUGUGUUUGUUGUAAUUAGUUGUGAGGAGCAGAGUUUUGAUGAUGCUGAAUAUAGACAGUUUCUUGCUGGUUCUGUUCAUCAUGCUCUUAAGUCUGUGGUUAGUAGAUUUUCUGUUUCACAGGAUGUGUUAGGAGCUAGGAAAAGAAGGAGGGUUUCUAUAUUUAGUUCUUCAUCUUUAGAAGAUUUCUUAUAAGUUAUUUUCUCUAGUGAUUUGGAUUUCUAUGAUAAAAAUUUCUUGUAACAUGUAAAAGCAUGUACACAAUAUCUAAUGUUAUUGUUCCAAUC